AUGAGCCAUCAAGCCCUGCUCGGUCCACGCUACCCCUUUGAAGGAGCGCUAGUCUCAAAGAAAAUCAAAGAUAACAAACUGGCCACCACCCUCGUCACGGGCCUGUGCCGGAUGCAACUUGAUGUGACACGCAAGCUGGGGAGGCGGCCCACACCGUGGCCACUGCCACUGCCACCGCCACCGCCACUGGGCCUUGCAGGGCCCACUCCCUUCCCUUUGCCCCAGGACAGGACUGGCCUGGCCACCGGCCACCGUGUCCCGCUGGCUCCCUCCUUCCGUGUCCUCUGCAGCCUCAAAGCCCCACCUAAGGCCAGGCCAGGGAACCUGGAGCAGGUUUUCCAGGCUCGGCCCCUACUCACCCAGCAACAUGUCCUGGGUGAUCGUAGCCUCGAAGGAAAACAGGCGAGCGAGCCAGUGCUGGUCACAGCUUUGAGAACGUGGAUGGAAAAAUCCCUAGCACAACCCAGACAUGAGGUUGUGGAAGAGACAGGGAGCCCGUGGCAGAGCCUGGACACCUAUUCCUAUAUCAGAUAUCACCCUAUGGAGGAGAUCUAUCAGUGGAUGAUCCAGAUAAGUGAGAAGUACGCAGGAGUGGCGACACAGCAUUUCCUAGGCAUGACCUAUGAGACCCGGCCCAUGUAUUAUUUGAAGAUCAGCCAGCCAUCCGAUAACCCCAAGAAGAUCAUUUGGAUGGACUGUGGAAUUCAUGCCAGGGAAUGGAUUGCCCCAGCUUUUUGCCAAUGGUUUGUGAAAGAAAUUCUACAAAAUUAUAAAGACAACCCAAGGAUAGGAAGAUUCCUUAGAAACCUGGACUUCUACGUGCUUCCAGUUCUUAAUAUAGAUGGUUAUAUCUAUACUUGGACAACUGAUAGGCUUUGGAGGAAAUCCCGUUCAUCUCAUAAUAACGGCACAUGUUUUGGGACAGAUCUCAAUAGAAAUUUCAACGUUUCCUGGUGUAGUAUUGGCGCAUCGAAAAACUGCCAGGAUAUAACAUUCUGUGGCUCAGGACCAGUAUCAGAACCAGAGACUAAAGCCGUUUCCAGCUUUGUGGAGAGCAAGAAGGAGAGCAUCGUGUGCUUCCUGACCAUGCACUCCUACGGGCAGCUCAUCCUCACGCCUUAUGGCUACACGAAAAAUAAGUCCAGUAACCACGAGGAACUGAUCCAAGUUGGACAGAAGGCAGCAAAUGCAUUGAAAAAAAAGCAUGGAACCAAUUAUAGAGUUGGAUCGAGUGCAGAUAUUUUAUAUGCCACAUCAGGGUCCUCAAGAGACUGGGCUCGGGACAUUGGGAUCCCCUUCUCAUACACAUUUGAGCUCAGGGACAAUGGUACAUAUGGAUUUAUUUUGCCGGCAGCUCAGAUUCAGGCCACCUGCGAGGAGACCAUGGAGGCUGUGCUCUCGGUCCUGGAUGAUGUAUAUGAGAGAUACUGGAAUUCAGACAGUGCUGGCAAGGUGACACCUGCCACGGUGGUGCUGGGCCUGCUAGUGUCCCUGGUGUCUAUUUUCUGAGUGCAUCCUACUCAGGUCUGCUCAGCCCCAAUUACGAGAACGUGGCUACAGGGGAAGUGUUUGUCGGAAGUUAAGGAGGAAUCAAAUAAUUUAAAGAUACUUUCCAUUUCAAUAAAGAUGAAUCAUGUUUGCA